GGAAGGGGGAGGAGAAGGGGAAGAGGAAGAGGAGGUGGUGGUGGUCGUUGUGGUGGUGGCUAGGCGCGUCACGUGACUGAACGCGUAGAGGGGCGGAGUCGGGGCUCCAGGACGCUGCCGGGUCGCCUAGCAACAGCUGAGCACGGAAACAUGAACUCUGAGGGUGACAGGGAGCUUCUGGCUAAGGAAUAUUUAGAAAAACAUCGGAUAAUGGAGCUGCUGAACCAACUCACCAGCUUCCUCCUCUUUGACCGACCAAAGAAACCAAGGGAGUACUUAAUCUCUCUUCUGGAACGGCUGAGGAUUGCCAAGGUAACGGGCAUAGCGUAUCCUUUCUUCAUGGAAAACUCUAACAUUGUGUCGAUGUUUGAGAUGAUGGACUCCCAUGGCAGAGGCUGCAUAUCCUUCGUGCAAUACAAAGAAGCUCUAAAGAACCUGGGUCUGUGCACUGCAGAUGAAGUUUUGAAUGAUGACGGACAUUUAAUAACUCUGGAGAAGUUCAGAGAUGAAGUGAACAGGAGAACGCAGGAAAUAUGGUCGUCGUUUUAGUGACAUCGUAACUCCAGCUAAUAAAUGAUCUCCAAGUUUUCA